CCCGUUCAUUCACGGGGAACCGGCUAAAGCGGACUAAUCUCCGGUGUGGUCGCUCCCUCUGCCCUAAUAGGGCUCCACCACCUCUCCUGGGACUCGGUCCCAGGGAUGCUGCCCUCCCGGCCCUGCCGCCUCUGAAGCGCCCGGGCGUCCCGCAAAACCGGAGCUGAGCGCAGACCCGCGGACCAUGAGGCCUCUGAGGCUGGGAGCGUCGCUCUCGCUGUUGCUGCUGCAGCUGCUGCUGCUGGCUGGCUGCCUCGUCGUGGCCGCCCGGAGAGACAAGGGGUUGGCGGGCCGCGUGGCCGAGCCUGCCCCGGGGCCGGCGGGCCGCUCGUCCGGCCGCUUCGUCAGCCCCGAGCGCCACGCGUGCAGCUGGCAGCUCCUGCUGCGCGCCCCGGGGCCCGCGGCGGGGAGCGAGCUGGCGCUGCGCUGCCGGGACCCCGCCGGCGCGCGCCAGCAGUGCGCCUACCGCGGCGAGCCCGAGCGCUGCGCCGCCUACGCCGCCCGCGGCUCGCACUACUGGAAGCAGGUGCUGGGCGGGCUGCGCAGGAAGCGGCGUCCGUGCCGCGACCCCGCUCCGCUCAAGGCUCGCCUGUGCGCGGGCAAGGAGGGCCACGGCGCCGAGCUGCGCCUGGUGCCCCGCGCGUCCUCGCCGGCGCGCCCCACCGCGGCCGGCUUCGCCCGGGAUCCCAAGCCCCGGGCCGGGAGCCGCGGGCCGCCCCGGGAGCCCGCCCCCGGCUCUGCCACAGCGGCCCGCCUUCCCGCGAGCGCGUCUCCCAGGGGGAAGCCCUCCGAGAAGUCCAAAGCCGGCAAGAGGAAGGCGGCCUCCGACCCGGGAGUGGAGCGACCUCUGGGGACCCGGCCCGAGCCCGACGGGCUGGACGAGAACGCGAAGCUCACGGAGACCUACUGCGCCGAGAAGUGGCACUCCCUUUGCAACUUCUUUGUCAAUUUCUGGAAUGGCUGAGGCUGCCAGCCCGGGGAGGAACGCGGCGGCGGGGAGGGGUGCGCAGCCGGGGAGAAGUUGAGCGCAUUUUAGGCCAAGCUAAGGCUUGGGGAGUGGAGAGGA